GCUUCAGUUGUUACAUGAUAGUCUCGACAUGAUUAUGAGCAAGACACUUUUGGGACUCAAGCAAGUUGCACUACCCACCUUGAGGGACCAUCGACUUAAUGACAUGGCUUUUAUUGAAGGGCAUAUUUUGGAUUAGUAAUCAUAGUAGAAACUCAUGUACUAGGAACAUGUUUUUACCCUUUGGAUUAUGAGUUGAGGAAGGCUAUAGUA